AUGUUUCCGAUUGGCAGGAUGAGCCUCUGGACGUGCCGCCGCCUGAUAGCGCCGGGGGUACUGUUGAGCCGACGGUGCCUCAGUUCCGGCGGCGGCAAGUGCCCCGGCCCAGUAGUAGCCAGUCGGAUACUGGCGGCCAUCGACUUUGACAAGACGAUCGUGGCGCGGGACUCGUAUCUGGUGGUCAGUGAACUCCUGCCGGCCGAGAAGCGCGGCAAGAAGCUGGACGACCUGGUGAAGCGUUGCGGCUGGAUGACCUACAUCGAGACCGUCCUCAAGCAGUUGUACACCGAGCACAAGGUGGACUCGACGGCGGUGGGACGGUGUGUUCGGCUCAUAGAACCGGUGCCGGGUAUGAUGCGCCUGUUGCGCCAACUGGCCGGGAUGCCCCAGCUGGACAUGUGCAUCAUUAGCGAUUCAAACUCGUACUUCAUCGACGAGUGGCUGCGGGACCGGGGCAUCGCCGAUCUCUUCUGUGCCGUGUUCACCAAUCCGGCGUGUGUGCAGUCGAGCGGCGAGCUGCUGGUGCUGCCCUUCGAGGAUCAGACGCAGUGCGACCUCUGCCCGGCCAAUCUCUGCAAGGGCGCUGUGGUGCAGCAGCUAAUCGACACUGGUGUCUACAAACAGGUGGUGUACGUGGGCGACAGCUGCAACGACCUGUGCGCCAUGCGGCAUCUGCGGCCCGUGGACGUGGCCUGCAUCCGGCGAGGAUUCGAGCUGUACGGGAAAAUGCCCGCCCACGGCAGAGAACUGAAAUGCAGGGUGGUGUCGUGGCGCGACGGACACGAGCUGGACGCCAACCUGCUACCCAUUAUCCUAGCAUGACCCGGAUCGGAUAUGAUCUAAGCAGAAACGUAUUAAUGCUGCUGUUUUAUUCGACUUAAAAAUAGAUCUUUCCAUACGUGUA